UGCACGUUUCAAAAAUUUUAUUGCCCCCGAAUUUAAGGAGCCACUGUCUUGAGUUAUUUCAAAUGUACAUCUUUGCAACCUCAUUCAGUGUAUUUACAGUUCUACGAAGUAAAAACUAUCUAUCUGUUCGUGUAUUUAAUAUCAAAUGUAUUUGAUCAAUAACAACAACAAUAAUUGUAAUGUCUACACAAGAUAGCCUGAUCAUAAGUGGACAGUUAGAAAUCUAUCUUCGCAAUACCUGGAUACCAAUAAAAGCAACUUUGCAAAAUGAUGCUUUGAUCAUUGAACUGGAACAUCCUCCAAGUAUUUCUAACAAUCAUCACGCCGGAGAUAUUUCCACUGCAAAACGUCUGGUACGUAUAACAAAAGAGGAAUUAAAUGGCUUAGGCAUCAGUAUUAAAGGUGGCAGAGAAAAUAAAACACCAAUUUUAAUCAGUAAAAUAUUUAAGGGUAUGGCAGCCGAACAAACCGGUCAGUUAAAUGUUGGUGAUGCCAUAUUAUCUGUGAAUGGUGAAGAUCUACGCAAUAGUACACAUGAUGAGGCAGUUCGAGCGUUAAAACGUGCUGGACGAAUUGUUGAAUUAGAAGUGAAACAUAUGCACGAAGUGACACCUUAUUUUCGAAGAGCAGUAGGAAUGGAAACUAUAGCAUGUUCUGCUGAUCUUAGCUGGCCUACCAGUCAACUUGGUAACCUGGUCCCAUUUGGAGCUAAUGAUACCACGGGUAAAAGUGUCACAUCAACAAGUAGUAUAGAGCAUCCAGGUCGUUCUGGUGGUCCAGGUGUAGUACCAUUAAGAUUGACACAUUUAGUAAGAGAUUUAACAUUACCAGAUGUUACUGGUUGUUGUUUUGAGUUACACAGUUCAGAUGGUCGACGUUCAUGUCUGCUCCGUGCACCAGAUGCUCAAGAAGCUCGAAUGUGGUUUAAUGCAAUACACAGUAAAAUGAAAAUUAUAAAUAAAUCUUAUUUGGCUGAAUUAAAUCGUCUACUCCCUCCAACUCAAGAACUUAAACAACUGGAUUGGUUAGUGGAAUUACGAUGUACUAGUUCAGAUAUACCGAAUAGAGUCGGCGAUCAAGCGGAUGACAUAAAUGGAAAUAUUGUAAGUGAUAUUCUAUCGGCUGAAGACCACACACCAACAGCAGCACAUUCAAAGUUGAUUCAUACAACAUGGAAACCAGUAUUUGCAGCUCUAUCCGAUAGAGAUUUACUGUUGUAUGACACGGCGCCAACAUCUAAAGAAGAGUGGGCCAAUCCUGUACAAGCACAUCCAUUGAUCGCUACACGUGUUGUGGCAGUAGAUUUAAGAAAAUCAAUUCUAAAUGAUGCUCAUACUCAAAAUGAAAUCGGUCGUAGAUAUCCUCCUGGCGAUAUGGUUACAUUUGUAACCAGAACAGGUAGUAAACAUGGCGUUGAAUCGCAUACGUUUGCCGUAUCUACUCAUGAAGAUUUGAUGACAUGGUCUAAUGCAAUUAUUGAAGGUGCACAUAUGGCUGUAGCCGGAGCUCAAGAAGUAGUUAUUACGUGCAGGUGGCAAAAUUAUGAUUGUCGCCUAACUUUACAUUAUGAUACUGGUUUAAAGUUAAUUUCUUGUCAAUUUCCUACGGAAUCGCAUUCAAUGUCACAUGGAAAUAUGACUAGCGGACAUGUGAUAUGGCAAUACCCAUAUGAAAGAUUAAGAUCAACUGCAGAUGAUGGGAAGACAAUUCUGUGGAUUGAUUUUGGACCAGAUGGAGAAUAUGAAUUAGAUUUACUUGGAUGUCCAAAGCCUGUAGUAUUCAUUCUACACAAUAUAUUAUCUGCCAAAGUGACUAGACGUGGAUUAAUUGGAUAAUAACAGAAACGUCGUUGAUCAAUUUUUUAUUAACUUUUCAAUAUUCAAUCUACCGGCACAUACACGCACAAAAUGCGCACACAGUCAUGUAGUUGUUAACAGAAACGCAACGAAUAUUACUAAUAAUAAUACAAGAACAAGCGCAGAAACAUUAAUCUGUUGUAUAAUAUCAUUCUAUAUAUAUGCAUACAUUGGUAAAUUAAUAUGAUUAUCUUUGAACAGUCCUUAAUAGUUAUUUAUUUUCAAACUAAUCUAUUUCGCAAUAACAAAAAAGUUAUUUCAGUCAGUCUCAUUGUGUACGGUACAUUCCAAUUUCAAAAAAAUAUAUUUAAUUUUAACAAAUCAUUGUUAUUGAUCACAUCUGUGGAGAACAAUUAAUGAUGCAUUGCGAUAUGUACAGAGAGAGAGACGGAAUGGGAUGUACUCCUUGCUUAAUUCUGCAUCAUUAGACUAUCUCUUGACAUUUUUUUACAACUAAUUAGUUCCAGUUUCACAUCCCUUGUUUUCUUUUGACAUUAUAUUGUUUGGUUGUUUAUUCAGUGUCAAAGUGUGGCCUCAAUUAAAUAAAACACAAGGGAAAUGUACGUAAAUGAAGUGAAACCGGCCAUUUACUGUUGUUGUAACUGAUGUUGUUUCGUUAUAAUAAUAAUUAUCAUUAUUACUAUUAUUAUGACUACUAUUAUUAUUGGUAGUAUUAGUAUUCCUGUUAUUCGUCUGUGAUACAUUAUCACUUAUUUUCUUUUAUCUUGAUAAAAAAGGCAUUUCUUCAACUUUAAUCAAAUAUAAAUUCUACUAAAACGUAACUAUUGCCGAUAAUCGUUUUAUAAUGAUAAUAAUAAUGAUAAUUAUUAUUAUUAGUAGUAUUAUUAAUGUCAAUCAUU